UAUAUACAUUGAUUCGAGUCUAUCAGAUUAGGUAGAAAAUAGUAUAGCUUAAAUGCCUGAAGCUGUCACAAUAGACCAGCGCCCAGUGUUUCUGUAUAUUGACUGUGUUUGGUGUGCGAGUCUUUCAUAACAAGACCGGGUAUCGCGCGAGCGGGCUGGUGUGCUAGAUAUGUGACAGUUAUUUAGUCUGACAUGGUGUUGAGACUUCUACAGUUUUAAAUGAUAAUGUUGUGAUACCUUAUGCGCAUACUGGUGUUCUGGCGUAGGAUUAUUACAAACGUUUGGACGUUCAGUAUUUUCGAAAAAAACACCUGUCUGUAAUGUUAUUGCGGUGAUACUUGAUGCGUAUUUUGGUGUCAUGUACGUUUCGUGAUUAAUUUAUAGAACGGCGUGAUACCAUAGUGAUAUCAUUACUUUGGUAUUCUGGAAUAUGAUAGUUUAAUACAAACAUUAUAGAAUUCUAUAUUUUUGGAUGUGAUACUCCAAUAGUUUUCAAAAUGUUGGACCAACCUCAGCGUUGGGCUACUUUGACAAACUUCGGAAAUAUUCCGAGUAUGAAAGAGGCUUUGUUGAGCAGACAACAGUCAGAUCGUAGAAUAUUGAACAUGAAGCUAAAACAAAGAGCUUUAACAGGCAAACCACAAAACAAAAGAUUUGUAUCGUCUGCUUCUACCUUCCAGGGGCGGGAACCACGGCGGUAUCCGAUGGAGUUCUCUAGGGAUGACUCGACAAGAGCGGGGAAACAGCACCAAGCUCUCCGUAAACAGUUAGAACAGCGAGUUCAUAGUGCAAAGAUAGACAGUGGCAGUCUGAGGCAAUACAGUCUUCACUUGUUCGACAGUGUUGUUCAGAAUUUCAACAAAAAUGAUUCAAAUAACAAACAAAAACAAAAACCAAAGAAACAACCGUGUAUGUCCAAUAAGAAUGACGAUGAAGAAAAAGAGAAGAAAAUCAUCAGACCACAGACGGCUGUUCACAAUGGACCUUCUCACGAUGGCAGUCUCCUGUACAACAAACGAGGGAAGGUGUUGAACUCUAUAAGACUAAGGCCACAGUCGGAGCCUGUGUGUAGGUAUAAUCACGAAAAGGGAAAGAUCGUACCGCCAGAGAUACAGAGGACAUUGUGUCAGAGUAACAGUGAAUUCCGUGUGCUGACCACACCUAUGUCAGUCCAUCCUCCGUCCCCAAGAUCAAGGUCAUCUUCAAUUAGCGACUUCAAGCUCGUGCCAUUAAAUGGAACCGGAAGUGUUUCUGAAAUAUCCUCAAUCCAUGAUUUCAACACUGAUGGGGCUGUCCGUGUAGAACUAAACAGCGAGAAUGGGUUUGAUGAGAUAGACGAGUUAGAGACAUCUCGAACCUCGUCACAAAUAUCCAAUGACAUUGCUUUUCGAACGAGGAAUAUGCCCUCAGGUACUGUCCACUUUUACUCACUGGAGUAUGAAAGUUCAGUAGAAGAAUCAAUCCCGGAUGUACCAACACUAGCCGAGGUAAAACCACCACCUCCGCCUCCGGAAGAGCCUAAGGCCAAAGCGAAAAAGGGCAAACAAAGGUUGAAAUUUCUAGCAAAGUCCAUGGCAAGUGCCAAAAAGAAGAAGGAAGCGGAACCCUCUCCUCCUCCUCCACCGGAACCGGUAGUAGUCAAGGAACCGGAAGUCAAAAAACCCUUGAGAGGACCUAAGUGUUGGGUAGAUGACGCAACUGUGACAAGCGAAUGUGACGAUAAGGCUGAAAAUGAGCAGACGACAACAACGGACGGCAACCGUCCAGUCUCUGCAGCCAAAUCAAUCCUGGAAAAACGUGCGACGGACACUCCAGAACCGAUAAAUAACGCCGUAGUGCAGCAGGAUCAGGCGGAACAUGCUGCACUAAUUGACUCCGAUGUAGAGGGCGCUGACGAAGGCCCUUCUUACUUACCAAAGUUUUUAUGCCCAAGUUCCGUCCGGAAAUCUAAGCACGCCGCUGUCAAAGACUGGUUAGCUACUACGAACUUCAGCCGCGCUGAUAGGUCGGUCCCAUUAUUAUGAUGCCUGUCCCGAUAUUGAUAGUGAAUUGUAGAUUCCGUUAUAAUGUUAGCAUGUCGUACUCCUGAGAACAUCUGUCUAAAUCAGCGAGUCGAACUCAAAUGUGUGUUUCAUUAUUAUGGUAGCGAGUUGCACAUCGUAUUAAAGACUGCAAACGUACAUGGACGUUAUUAUGGUAGCGAGUCGUGCUCAAGGCCGGAUUACAUUAAAAGUUAUGGUGGCGAGCUUUACUCGAGGUUUUUUUCAAAAACUUUAUUACGGUGAAUUUGUUCCAAGGUGCAUGUUGCCAUCAAAGACAUGAUCGCAAUAAUAAUUAAGGUCAUAACGUUACCCAUUUCUACUGUAGUUGGGUAUAUUUGUUUUGACAAUAUCUCACUUAGGUUAAAAAUAUACAUGUAAUACGAAAAGCAUUUUUUCGCAUGCUUGAGAAAAAAAAUUGUAAACUGCAAUAAAAUUCAUGUUAUCUUAACGAAAGUCUGUAUCUUUUAUUAAGAUUUACAAAGCAUGGCGUUGUUUUCACUUGCAUGAGAACUAUUUUCAUAUGAAUGUAUAAUGCAGGUCUUAGAGCGUUAAUUUUAAAUAUCUGUUAUUUCUUCCAUAUUCAUACACGGAAAAUUAAAGGUUACAUACUGUAUGCCUUUUCGUGGAUUUUCAUUAGAAAUUAUUCCCAGUAACAACUCAGAAAAGCCUAAACAUACAGUAACAAAACCAUGACCGGUAGCACAAUUAUUAAUGGGCACAGGGAUCAAAACCCCGUAGCGGAGCAAAGACGCUUUCGACA